UUCUUCCAUGCAUUGUCAAGUUUUUCUUCUGUAUUCUACAUGCACCUGCUGGACUUUAUCUUUGCGCUCGUCAUAUCGCUCAGUGCUGUAUAUCGUGCCGUUUACCAAGGUCGAAGAGAGCUUCUUUGUGCAGGCCGUGCACGACCUGUACAAGUCGCCCUUCAUCAACAGUGGCUAUGACCACUUGGCGUUCCCUGGCGUAGUCCCCCGCUCAUUCGUGUCGCCACUACUGAUUUCUGCCCUCCUGUCACCGAUCAGGCUGUUCACCAAUGCCACCGAGGGGAUUUGGCUCCAAGUUGCGUCGCGGCUUGUGCUUGGGUGGGCUGUGGCGUGGGCUAACAGCAGGCUGCGCAGUGCAAUUCGUAUCCGGUUUGGCGGAACAACAGCAGCUUGGUACGGUGUGUUCUGCAUCUGCCAGUUCCACAUGACGUUCUGGACAUCGCGCAUGCUGGGAAAUACUAUUGCGCUGGUGCCUAUGCUGCUGGCACAGGCGUGCUGGAUCGAUGGCCGGAGAUUCACAGCCAUGACGGUCUUGCUGGCGUUCACAGCCAUUGUGCUGCGUUUCGAUACUGUGGUCUUUGCAGCGGUGAUGGUGCUAUCGAGCAUUCAGUGUUUGACAUGGCAAUCAGUUAGGCGCACGGUGCUGGCCGCGGCUGGGUUCGUUGCAUUGACUGUUAUUGUCGAUUCAUACUACUGGCAGACUGCCUGGAUGUGGCCCGAGUUCCAUGUUUUCAGAUUCAAUGUGGUCGAGCAGCGCAGCUCCGAGUGGGGAGUGUCGCCGGCCCACUUCUACGUGACGUACUUUAUGCCCCGUCUGUUGCUGGGGGCCCUGCCGUUUGCAAUUUCGGGUGUUGCGCUUUCAGUCGAUGCUGCCAAGCUGGCGGUCCCGUAUAUAGCAGCCAUUGCGGUGUUUUCAGCGAAUCCGCACAAGGAAUGGCGAUUCAUCGUAUAUGUCGUACCGGUUUUCAACAUAUGCGCAGCGCUGGGAAUCGCCAAGCUCCUAAGGCAUCGCCGGAUUCGCACACUGGCAAGGCUGACCGCUGUUGGUGUGUCGGCCGCCAGUUUUGCCGCGGUGGUUCUGAUGACAUACGUCUCCAGCUUAAAUUAUCCAGGGGGCCAUGCCCUGUCUGCACUGCACAGGAUCGCUACUUCAUCCAAUGCCCAUGUCCACAUCGACACGUACUCAGCCAUGACGGGAGUGACAAGAUUUGGGCAAACUCGAUCCGACUGGAUAUACGACAAAACCGAGGACUUGAUGCCACCCCAGUUCUCCAAUUUCACGCAUCUGCUGACGUCUGAACCAGGUCUCCACAAGGACGAGUUUCUCGUCAGCACGGCGGUCUCUGGGUAUGCAGGCGUCCGGCUACAGCCCAAGGCCAUUCUGUCAGGCCACCUACCCAUUGCAAUUCAGCAAAAGCCCCUGGUCUAUAUUAUGCAGAACGUUAAUCUAUAAAGACACUA